GUUCUUAAACUGUCCACAGGGAUCUGCAUGUCCACUGAAGCGCCUCCAUGAUGGAGCCUCAUAACUCCACUGAUGGAGGAGAACCCUCUGAUCCAAAGGUGAAGAGAGCAGAGUCCAGCGGUGAGCCUAUGAAGAACUUCAGCAGUGCAGGAAGAAGCUCUGAAUCACGACUGCAGAAAUCAGGAGAACAUCCAGAACCCAGCUGUGUGUCUAUGAAGAGUGACAACUCAAUGAGAAGGCCUCCUGACUUCAGUGAUGGAGCAGAACCACCAGAACCCAGCUGUGUGUCUAUGAAGAGUGAUGACUCAAUGAGAAUGCCUCCUCACUUUAGUAAUGCUGUAAUAUUGAAAAGAGGAAACAGUAAUCUACUGCAGGAUCAGUCCAGGUGUGAACUGUGUGAGCAGAUUCUGACAGAUCCAGUCUCGAUCACCUGUGGACACGCUCUACAUCCACGCACAGAGGAGUCUAUAAAGCAAGAUUCCAACCAACUAGAGGAUGAUGUUCUUCACAGAGUUUUCCAGAAACACAAAACCUGUAUGAAGAACAGGUACGAGAGCUUAUUUGAGGGAAUCAAAACACAAGAGAACAGAACCCUCCUGAACAGGAUUUACACACAGCUCUACAUCAUAGAGGGAGAGAGUGAAGGGGUUAAUGAAGAACAUGAGGUUAUAAAGAUGGAGAAAACUUCAAACAGAUACUUACAGGAAACUCCAAUCAACUGCGUAGACAUCUUUAGACCUGUAGAAGAUCCUGAAGAAGAAAUGGAAGUAGUGAACAAAACAGCUGUGAUGGUUAAAGGUGUCAGACAAAACCAAAUAAAAGAAAAUAAAGCACUAAAAGAGCUUAGAACUGUGCUGACUAAAGGCAUCGCUGGCAUCGGAAAAACAGUCUCUGUACAGAAGUUUAUUCUGGAUUGGGCAGAGGGAACAGCCAAUCAGGAUGUAGAUUUCAUGUUUAUGCUUCCUUUCCGAGAGCUGAACCUGAUUAAAGAUGAUCAGUACAGUCUUUACACACUUCUCUGCACUUUUCAUCCUGAGCUCAAAGACCUGGACUCUAGGAUUUGUGAUGGGCGCAAAAUUGUGUUCAUCUUUGAUGGUCUGGAUGAAAGCAGAAUUCCACUGAAUUUUUCACAGUGUGAGAAAGUGUCUGACAUCACCGCGACAUCAUUAGCGGGUGUGUUAAUGACGAACCUUCUCGAAGGAGAGUUACUGCCCUCUGCUCACAUCUGGAUUACCUCCCGACCAGCAGCAGCCAAUCAGAUUCCUCCUCAGUACAUCAACCGUGUGACAGAAAUUCAGGGGUUUAAUGACCCACAGAAGGAGGAGUACUUCAGGAAGAGAAUCAGUGACCAAGACCAAGCCCAGAAAAUCAUCUCCCACAUUAAGACAGCGAGGAGUCUCCACAUCAUGUGCCACAUUCCCGUCUUCUGCUGGAUCUCAGCCACUGUGCUUCAGCGAAUCAUGAAACAAAGUAACACAGAAAUCCCUAAAACUCUGACUGAAAUGUACUCCCACUUUCUGAUCACUCAGACCAACAUGAAGAAUGAGAAGUAUGAGGAGACCUUCAACUGGGAUCCAGUGAAAUUGCUGAAAUCUAACAGAACCAUGCUUCUGAAACUGGCAGAACUGGCUUUCAAUCAGCUGAUGAAGGGGAACGUGAUGUUCUAUGAAGAGGACCUGAGUGAGUGCGGUAUUGAUCUCACAGAGGCCUCAGUGUAUUCUGGGAUCUGCACUGAGAUCUUUAGGGAGGAAUGUGUGCUUUAUCAAAGGAAGAUCUACAGCUUUGUACAUCUGAGCUUUCAGGAGUUCCUGGCUGCUUUAUAUGUGUUUCACUGCUACCUGAGCGAGAACGUGAAAACAUUGAGAGUUUUUCAGCCCCAGGACGAACAAUGGCCUGAAAAUGUCUCACUGCAUGUGCUCCUGAAGGGAGCAGUGAUUAAAGCCUCUAAGAGUCAGAAUGGACAUCUGGAUCUUUUCCUCCGUUUCCUGCUGGGCAUCUCUCUGGAUUCCAGUCAGAAGAUCCUACAGGGCCUCCUGAUUCAAACAGAGAGCACCUCAGAGAGCAUCAACAAAACAGUGACACACAUCAAAUACCUAAUCUCAACAGAAGAUCUUAAUACUGACAGAUCUGUAAACCUGUUCCUCUGUCUGACUGAAAUGAAUGACCAGGAUUUACCCAGAGAGAUUCAGAAGUACAUAGAUUCAGACGAAAGCUCAAAAAAGGAUCUGUCUGCUCUAGAGUGUUUAGCUCUUUCCUACAUGCUGCAGACCUCAGAGGAGGUGCUGGAAGAGCUGGAUCUGAAGAAAUACAGCACAUCAAGAUUUGCUUAUAUAAAACUGUUUCCAGCUGUGAACAACUGCAGAAAGGCUCUACUUGCUGGCUGUGAUCUCACCAUGAAACACUGUGAAACUAUCUGCUGUGCUCUGAAAUCUGAAAGCUCCACCCUAAAAGAGCUGAACCUCAGUAACAAUGACCUGCAGGAUUCAGGAGUGGAGCUGCUCUCUGCUGGACUGAGAAGCUCACACUGUAAACUGGAGAUACUCAGACUAGUUAGCUGUAAUCUUGGUCAAAAGACGUGUGCAAAUCUAGAAUCAGUUUUAAACCUGGAAAGUUCCUGCCUGAAAAAUCUGGACCUCAGUUACAAUGACCUGCAGCAUUCAGGAGUUGAUUUGCUCUGUGCUGGAUUACAGAGUUCACGCUGUCAUCUGGAGACACUCAGACUAGCUGGCUGUGAUCUCACCAUGAAACAAUGUGAAACUAUCUGCUGUACUAUGAAGUCAGAAAGCUUCACCCUAAAAGAGCUGGACCUCAGUAACAAUGACCUGCAGGAUUCAGGAGUGGAGCUGCUCUUUGAUGGACUACAGAGUUCCCACUGGAUACUGGGUACACUUAGGCUAGCUAUGUGUAAUCUUGGGGUAAAGGCAUGUGAAAAUCUGGCAUCAGUUGUAAGCCUGGAAAGUUCCUGCCUGAAAGAGCUGGACCUCAGUAACAACGACCUGCAGGAUUCAGGAGUGGAGCUGCUCUCUGCUGGACUGAAGAGUUCACACUGUGAACUGCAGAUUCUCAGACUAUCUGGUUGUAUGGUCUCAGAGAAAGGCUGUUCUUCUUUGGCUGCAGCUCUAAGUUCAAAUCCCUCCCACCUGAAGGAACUGGACCUGACCUUCAACCACCCAGGAGAAUCAGGACCACUGCUGUUCUCUGCUAGACUAGAAGAUCCAGGCUACACGGUCAGAAUGGAAUCUGGAGGGGUGAUCAGAAUGAAACCAGGACUUAAGAAAUGGUUCUGUGAUUUCACACUGGAUCCAAACACAGUAAACCCUCGUCUCUCUCUGAGUGAGGAGAACAGGAGGGUGGAGUGUAGAGAGGAGCUGCAGUCGUAUCCUGAUCAUCCAGAGAGAUUUGAUGGGUUUCACCAGGUUCUGAGUAGAGAGGAAGUUACUGGACGCUGUUACUGGGAGGCUGAGUGGAGCGGGAGAGGAGGAGCUGUUGUAGCUCUGAGUUAUAAAACCAUCCGCAGGAAAGGAAAUGAAUCAUAUUGUUGGUUUGGAGACAAUAUAAACUCCUGGAGUCUGUUCUGCUCUGAUUACAGUUACACUGUUCUUCACAAUAAGAACGGCACUAAUCUCCCCACUCCUCCCUCCGGUUGUAGGAGAGUAGGAGUGUAUGUGGACUGUCCCGCCGGCAUUCUGUCCUUCUACAAAGUCUCCACUGAUACACACUCUCACACUCUCACACACUUACACACACUCUACACCACCUUCACUCAGCCCCUCUAUGCAGGGAUUGGGCUUCAUAAUUCUGUCUCCUCAGUGACUCUGUGUAAAAUAGAAUAACCCUGUGUGUAACAGUGUGUGUGUGUGUGUGGGUGUGUGUGUGUGUGUGUGUGUGUGUAUUGGGGAGGUUAAGAGGUGUUAGAAACACAAGCUGUAUAAAUAAUUUCUAAUCCAGACUAAAGACUUAUUAAUUCAAACUGAUUCAUCCAUCUACAGAUUAUCACACUGUUUAUGAUUACUGUAAUAAAAUGUAUUUCUUUAUUCAUAUUCAACUCAUAUUGUUUUAUUUGUUAGAUUAUUUUGUGCCACUUUUGAAUUUAUAUUCACAGAGCUUCUGUUACUUUUACACUGUUUAACAUUUGUAUGUUCCUUUAUGCCUAUAUUUCAUAUUAUUAUUCUGUUUCUUUUACCUUAUUUUUGAGUUUAUUAUUAUAUAAUAAAUAAAAACAUUAACGUCAA